UGCAGAUUUAAAUUUAGAGGGUGUCCGUGCGUGACGUCGUCGUGCAGUGCAUGAUUUCCGGCGUGCAGGUCGCUUCCCCAAGCAGUUCGAGUGCCUUUUGCACCACUAGGUGCGCUAAGUAGGCUUACCAGAGGCGCUUGCGAAUAAUCGUGCAAAAGUCGAGAACAACCGAUCACCAUGCAGUUCCAAUACCUGGCCGUGCUAAUGGCGGUGUGGUGUGUCACCACGCCCACUUUCGCGGAACAAUUGCGCAGUUUUGAGCCGAGUACUGAUCCGCAGAUGUUCACCCUAGCUAAUGCUGAGGGUGGCUUAUACUCGUUCGACAAUCUGUCGUCUGCGAAUGAUCCUCGCGCGUACCGUCCGGAUGUUGGAGCCCUGGAUUUCGUGUAUCACAACCACGAUGAGAUGACGAGGUAUUUGAGGGCCACUACAGCUCGUUAUCCGAACCUGACCGCACUCUACUCCAUUGGAAAAUCGGCCCAAGGUCGUGAUCUGUGGGUGUUGGUCGUGUCGGCAUCACCCUACGAGCAUAUGCUCGGUAAACCGGAUGUCAAGUACAUCGGUAACAUCCACGGUAAUGAGGCUGUCGGUCGGGAACUUCUGCUACACCUCAUCCAGUACCUGGUGUCAAGCUAUGGGUCUGAUCCGUACAUCAAGUGGUUGUUGGACAACACGCGCAUCCAUAUCCUGCCUUCACUCAACCCGGAUGGAUAUGCAGCCUCCAAGGAGGGCACUUGUGACGGUGGACAGGGCCGUUACAACUCUCGUGGUUUCGAUUUGAACCGCAACUUCCCGGACUACUUCAAGCAGAACAACAAACGAUCCCAACCUGAGACGGAAGCCGUGAAGGAUUGGAUCUCGAAGAUCCAGUUCGUGCUGAGCGGAUCGCUACAUGGUGGGGCACUCGUCGUGAGCUAUCCAUAUGACAACACGCCCAAUGCCAAAAUCUGUCGCUCUUCGUCAACCUGUGCCGUCUUCCACAGCUAUCUGUCGCAACCGUCGUUGACACCGGACGACGACGUGUUCAAGCAUCUUUCGCUGAUGUACGCCAACAACCACGGUAAGAUGUCACGAGGUGUAGCCUGCAAGACGGCGUCACCAUCCUUCGAGAACGGCAUCACCAAUGGAGCAGCCUGGUAUCCGUUGACUGGUGGCAUGCAGGACUUUAACUACGUCUGGCACGGCUGCAUGGAGGUAACGCUGGAGGUGUCCUGUUGCAAGUUCCCGCCAGCAUACGAACUGCGCAAGUACUGGGACGACAACCAGCUGUCACUGAUCAAGUUCCUGGCUGAGGCGCAUCGGGGCGUACAGGGCUUCAUUAUGGAUCCAACUGGCAACCCGAUCGAGCGUGCUCAGCUCAAGAUUAAGGGUCGUGACAUCGGCUUCACCACUACCAAGUAUGGUGAGUUCUGGCGCGUACUGCUGCCAGGCGUGUAUAAGCUCGAGGUGUACGCGGAUGGUUUUGUGCCGAAGGACGUGGACUUUAUGAUCGUGGAGCAACACCCGACGCUGCUGAAUGUGACGUUGCAGCCCUCGAAGCGCACAAAGCACACCCUUGUACAGCAACACUCGUCUGCUACUAACAAGAGACCGUGGAGGCAUACUCCACGUCCAAAGACAACGUCUGCUACUGCUUCCACCAUAGCCAUUCCUACAACUGCCCCCUUCAUUACCCCUGCCGCGUCGACUAGAACCAUCAUUGCGUCGACAACUACUGCUCCUUUCACCACUACUACUCUCGGAACUACUACUGGUUCUUUCUCUUCCAUCGAUAAGGUUCCGGGUGACGGCCGUACGAUAACCGUACCACCGAACAUCGAACAGACGGAGAGUACUCCCAACCAGGAUCGGCUCAUUUUCUCCUCCUGAGUGGAGCAGCGCCCAGGCGCUACUCCUUCCUUGGGCUCCGAGCCUGUGAGGCGAGAUGUUGGGUCGGGUCCUUGCGCUGGAUGUAUAUAGACGAAUGCGCCACAACAACUUACUUAUACAAAUAUCUCUAGGCUAGUCAGUUCUAACGACCAACGGUGGGCGAUCCGGCACGCUGGCGUUUAUAAGCGCGCGUUCAAGGUGACAGUUACUUAAACAGGCGAACCGGGGAGCGAAUCCUAACGAGCUCGCAAGAUAUCUGUGUGUUAUUUGCUGCUAAUCCGUUACUAACACCGACGCAGGGAAUGGUGGGCGAGUGUUCUUCGGCCUUCUGCUGGAGGGAAGUAGACGAAACACGUGCUAGCUGAACACGUGGUGUACAUACUCUGGUCUGGUGUCUGCCAGGACGGUAACUAUGCGGCUGCUGGUGUGAAUAUGGGUGCGUGUGUGAUUGUGUGCGAGUGUGGGAUGAGCAGGGCCACAUCGUGCUUGCAAUAAUGUCCCCGUAUUCCUUCCUCUAACGUGCAGCGAAAUGAUGGGUCACAGCACUACCGGCCGGCAGCUUCGACCCAGUAUCGUCCACAACAGCUUCCACCGGCCGGAUCUUCGCAAGGAUCCGGUUCGGAUGAGGGCAUCCUGUCGUCGAUCAGCAGCAGCUUCAACAGUUUAGUGAAUAACAUUUUCGGUUAGCUUCUCAGAGGAGGAGACCGCACUGCUAUAGCACAACGGAGAAUCAAUGUUUUUACUUCUCCUCGAUAAACUUUACGUCACCGUCGAUCGUUAUUACUACCCCCGUAAAUUGGGGUGUUUGUGGAGCCGUAUCUAGUACGGAAUAGCUCGUUACAUGUAAAUUGUUCACGAAAAGGUCAGGUAGGACCGUAGCGCAAUUGGCACCGAAAAAGGAGACCGCAGAAAAGGCACGCAAGAUGCAUUAAACAAUGGUACAA